UCCAGACGUUGCAAAGGACAUCCGCAAAGAUCCCGGGUUUCGACAACUACCUCAACAGGUUGCUGUUCUUAGGAAGCAGAUAGAAGAUAUGAAAAACGACCGAAAGAAAAAUAGUUCCUCAUUGAGGAAGACUCGAACAGCCAUUGUUGAUGAAAUCCAAGCAAUUCGUAAAAAGAUCAACGACAUUCUUGACAAGAUGGAGAAAACAACCGUUCAAGAAUUAGACCGUCUGGUAGCUGAUCAGGACAUGUCCAUUAAGAAAGAUAUGGAAUCCUGCACACAGAUGCACGAUGAAUUAAAGAACAUCAUAGAUGACAUACAAAGCAUAGACUCAUCAGGCGAACCACCCCUUUAUAUUGGUUUCAGAAAAUGUGAAGAAAAAAUCAAACAAGCAAAAGAAAUUCUGCAAAACAUGUCAAGUGUUGUCAAAUACGAUUUAACUUUUCGUAAGCAUAAUGGAAUAGAAGAUAAUUUGUCUUCGAUGAAGACAUUUGGAGAGUUAAAUGAAUGGAAUGUUUUUGGUAAACAACCCCUGAUAUCGCUAUUCCCCCGAGAUCAUGUAUUCGGUAUCAAAGGUUACAAGGAGUACAACGUGAAGAUGAGUUCAGACAAAGAUAAAUGUGAUAUUCUAGGGAUAUGUGAACUGCCUGGUGGAGAGAUUGUUAUUACAGACUUCACCAACAUGAAAGUGAAACUCCUGGACCAGGAGUACAGGGUUGUCGACCACUGUGAUGUUCCCAAAUAUCCAUUUGACGUGUGCCACAUUGGUUGGAAUGAGGUUGUCGUUUGUGUUAACAAUAACGACGGUAUAUGUGAACUUCAUUUCAUUAACAUUGCAAAAGGUAAACUUGUGACUACGAGAAAAUUAAGUUUAUCCCACAGAUGUUACGGCGCAGCUCAGCACGGGAACAACCUUUACAUUUCAUCAAACACCGCGCUGUACGUCUAUACGAUGACGGGGAAGCUGGUUAAGAAGCUGUAUGAGGACAAGUCCGGUGAUAACACGGUGAUGAGAAUUGCCAUCUGUAACGACGGGAAGACUAUCUACAUCACAAACUUCUCAAACAAUCAACUUAUCACCCUGGACAACAACGGCAACAAGCUGGCCACAUUCACUGAUCCUGACUUGGUGGCACCUGACGGAGUACACUCGACAACUGCUGGACACGUGUUCGUCUGCUGCUUUAACUCCAACACAGUGCUGCAGGUUGACCAGGACGGGAAGACGAAGUUGGCCACACAGGCAAGGAAACAAGACGGAGUGCACCACCCUCAAGUUUUGUUCUUCAGCAGCCGUACAUCCUCUCUGGUUGUCGCCGGAGAGAAAGACACGCUCCUCGUCCUUAAUGUGCGAUAAAUAAUAGAUCCAAUUACA